AUGGGCGUUGUGUCCGGACAGGAUGCAGUAAUCCGUACAUUACUGUACACACAAGCCAAACAACUCGUAUCUCCUUAUCGGCUCACAGUCGCCGAGUUUACAAAUCGUAUUUCAGCGCGUCGGAACUUCCUGCGCGCCGGGUGUGGCAACAAAGACGAAGGCAUCAUAUUACCGAACCAAACGCUCGGGGCUGAGAACCGGAUGACAAGUAACAUCCUAUCUGCAAAUUUCAAUUCGGGGUCGUAUGCCAGAACAACAGCUGAGAACUUGAGGAUUUUGUAUGGAGGCAAUGAAUCUGUGCCCGGCGGAUUUUUCCCUCGAGGUGCCAAUGGAAACAUUGCAAAGCGCUUCCUCAACAAUGGUACCGCCAUGCCAAUAGCUUAA